GACUUAUCGAAGACCCGAAAUAACAAACGGAGAAAAGCUACAUGGUUUGAGUACCAGUCUCGAUCUCCGUGCCCUUUUCCCGACAAAUCCUCGCAAAUAACGACGAACCCUCCCCAGUGUUUGUGGGCGUGCGAUGGACGGGACGGCGAUUGCCGAUCCUCGCCCCAGUCUGAUGGUCACCAACGACGACGGCAUCGACGCGCCGGGGCUCCGGUUCCUCGUCGACCUCCUCGUCGCCGCCGAUCGGUACCGCGUCCUCGUCUGCGCUCCCGAUUCUGACCAAUCUGGUGUUGGACAUGGCAUUACUUGGCGUCGUCCUCUCAGUGCUAAACGUGUUGAGAUUAUGGGUGCUACAGCUUUUGCAGUAUCAGGCACUCCUGCAGAUUGUGCUUCUUUGGGAAUUUCUGGGAAACUCUUUGUUGGUACAAUUCCUGAUUUGGUGAUUAGUGGCAUCAAUAUUGGUAGCAACUGUGGAUACCACAUUGUAUACUCUGGGACAGUAGCUGGUGCGCGGGAAGCAUUCUUAUAUGGUGUACCUGCUUUAGCUAUAUCAUAUAACUGGAAGGAAGGGAAGAGCAAUGUUCAUGCCCUGAGGCUUGCUGCAGAUGCUUGUUUGCCUCUCAUAAAUGCUGUACUGAAUGAGCUGAAAACCAAGACAUAUCCUGAAGGUUCAUUUUUGAACAUAAUUGUGCCAACAGAUGUUGCAAAUCACAGGGAUGCUUCGAUCAGGAUGAGACAAUUAAAGCAGGAAAAUCAUGUUGUGCCGAAGGAACAUGUCAGAAGAUUGGACGUCGGGCUGGUGGAUCGGUCGACGUAUCGACAGAAGGCUUCGGGCCGUGGAAUCGGGCAUCGGGCCAAGAAGAGCGGGUAUUGUGCCAAGGAUAUUGGAGUUGCAGAGUCAACUGGCCGAUUGGGCAAUAGGCUGCAGGAGAGGACGAUGUGCCGAAGAAUCAGAUGAAGCGUCGAGGGACCAAUGACAUGUCGGACAACUUGGUUAAUUGCUUAGGAUUAAUUGUCUCGAUCGAAGUUUUUGUUUUGUUGUGCAGGAUUAACUAUGAUAACGAUGAAGACAUAAAGCGAAACAAAGUGUCGGAGUCAAGCGCGAAGGAUUUGUUGCGAGUUCGAGAGUUCAACGGAAGUCCGAAGGUUCGUCGGGAAUGCUACUGGAACCAGCCAAGAAAGAGUUGGGAGCUUGCCGAAGGGUUUUUCGGAAGCUCGCCAGAAGGUUCGUUGGAAGUUCACGGAGCUCGCCGAGAAAGAUCGGAGCUUGCCGAAGAAGCUCGUUGGAACUCGCUAUGAUCAAAUCGUGAAGUCUAGGAGCUUGCCGGGAGUCCACAGAAUGGUUUCCGAGAGUUCAUCGGAAGACCGUCGGAAGUUUGCCGGAAGCUCGCCAGAAGAAGUCUUGACUUGCGGACUUUGUAAUAGCUUAGAAAAUGUCUUUAAAAUCAUAGUUAGCACGUUAAUUAGGGUUAGGAUUAGGUGUUAAUCCUAUAACCCAAGUAGGGGCCAAUUAGGCUCAAGUUCGGAUUGGUUUGGGCCAAGUUUGGAGCCAAACCAAGUGAGCUGAAAUAGUGAAAAAAGGUGCAACCGCCCCAGCAGGAGGUGCCACCGCCCAGGCUAAGUCUCCCAGCGAGACUGGGCGGUGCAACCGCCCCAGCCAAGAGGUGCAACCGCCCAGGGCUUAGUCUCCAAGCGAGACUGGGCGGUGCAACCUCCUCUGUCGAGAGGUAGCACCGCCAGAGCUCAAGUUUCGAGCUCUGGCAGGCGAUGCAACCACCGAGCUCGGUCUUCGAGCUCUAGCAGAGAGCUGCAACCUCUCAGGACAGGAGAUGCACCGCCUGAGCUCGGUCUUCGAGCUCUGGCAGAGUGGUGCAACCACCUCUGGCAGAGAGGUGCAACCACCUCUGGCAGAAAGGUGCGAUCACCUCUGGCAGAGAAGAGAAACUUCUCUGGUCAGGAGAUGCACCGCCUGAGCUCGGUCUUCGAAGCUCUGGCAAGAAGGUGCAACCACCCCUGACAGAGAAGGUGGAACCGUCUGAGCUCAGUCUUCGAGCUCUGCCAGGCGGUGCCACCUCUCCAGUCGAGAGGUGCAACCGCCUGAGCUCAGACUUCGAGCUCUGCCAGGCGGUGCCACCUCUCCAGUCAAGAGGUGCAACCGCCUGAUCCCGGAAUUCCGGGAUUUGAUCGUUUUGAGCUCGAAAUUUGAAUUGGGUUGGGGCUUAUAAAUACCCCACCUAUUCAGCAUGGAAAAGUAACAGACCUACACCGAAAUCUUGAUCUUUUCUGUGAUUCUAAGAGCUCAAAAGUGUUGUAAAGCCUUUAAGUCUCCUCCUUCUGUUCUUCAAGUUUUCAGUUGUAAAGUGAGGAGAGAAAGGUCUGUAAAGGUUGUCUCCUGAGCCUGUCAAAAGGAGAGAAUUUGUAAAAGGGCAGUUUGGCCUUCGCCUAUUGAAGGAAGGCCCCUAGUUGACGUCGGCAACCUCGUCGGUGGAGGAAGCCAAAAGUGGAGUAGGUCAAGGCUGACCGAACCACUCUAAAUCUCUGGUUUGCGUUUAUUCUUGAGCACUUUAUCAUUACUGCAAACCUCCUUCAUUACUACUGCUCUCUGCGCUUUCACGAACAAGUUCUAAGUGCUGUUCUUCCGAAUCUGCAUUCAGACGUAAAUUCGUAUUUUCAUACAUUACAGUUUACGUUUACGUUUGAUUCUGCAGAACUGUGUUCCGUGCUUUUACGAACGAGAUUCUUUGCAGUUUACACUUACAUUUUGAUCCUAUUGAUAACUGCAAACUGUCCUCUACAAUUCUACGAACGAGUUUCAACAUUUAGAAGUAAAACUGCAUUCAGACGUAAAUCGGCUUUCCUCGCACAAUCAUCAGAUCUCAGUUCACGUUUACGUCUUGAUUUCAACUGCAUACUGCCUUCUGCGAGUAUACAAACGAGUUUCAAAGUUUAGACGUAAAUCUGCGUCUAGACGUAAAACUACGUCUAGACGUAAAUAUGCGUUUAGACGUAAAUCUAAGUUUAGACGCAAAUCUGAGUUUAGACGUAAAUCUGCAUUUAGACGUAAAACUACGUUUAGACGUAAAUCUGCGUUUAGACGUAAAUUUGCGUUAAGACGUAAAUCUGCGUUUAGACGUAAAACUGCGUUUAGACGUAAAUCUGAGUUUAGACGUAAACUGCGCUUAGACGCAAAACUGCGCUUAGACGCAAUCUGCGCUUAGACGCAAACUGCACUUAGAUACAAACUGAGAAUUAGCUUUUGCAUCAUAAUAGUUUUUGAACGAACGCAGCUUUUGGAUUUUAAUCGCUGUAAGAUUUCCGCUGCACUAAUUCACCCCCCCCUCUUAGUGCUCUCGAUCCUAACAAUUGGUAUCAGAGCGGGGUUGACUCUCUAUCGGAUUUACACCCGUGAGAAAUGGCUCUUCAAGAGGGCUUUUCGGUCUUUCGUCCACCGUUGUUUAACGGAUUGGACUACACUUAUUGGAAAACUCGAAUGAGAGUUUUCUUGAUUUCUACGAAUUUGGAUUUAUGGAAUAUCAUUGAAAACAGUUUUCAACUUCCCUCUAAACCGACGAACGAAUGGUCGGAUUUGGAGAAGAAGUAUUUUUCUUUAAAUACAAAGGCUAUGAAUGCCUUAUUUUGCGCUUUGGACAAAAAUGAGUUCAAUCGGAUUUCUAUGUGCGAAACAGCUUUUGACAUUUGGCGAACACUUGAAAUCACGCAUGAGGGAACUAGUAGAGUCAAAGACUCGAAAGUUAACUUUUUAUUGCAUGACUUUGAGCUUUUUCGAAUGCAACCAAGCGAGACUAUAGGCGACAUGUACACCCGUUUCACGGAUGUCGUCAAUAGUUUAAGAGCUCUUGGAAAAUGUUUUUCGGAUUUUGAACUCGUAAAUAAGAUUUUGCGUUCUCUUUCUAAAAAGUGGGAUUCAAAACUGACUGCAAUACAAGAAGCUAAAAAUCUAAACAACUUACCACUUGAAGAACUAAUUGGUUCAUUGAUGACAUAUGAAAUGGUGCACAAUGCACAUGAUGAACAUGUUGAACACAAUCACCUUCCAAAGAACAGGAAGGAUUUAGAACUCUGGACAAAUGAAUGCCACUUGAGCGAGGACUCAAGUGAUGAGGACAAUGAUGAACAAACCAACCUUCCAAAGAACAGAAAGGAUUUGGGACAUAGAACAUUUGAAGACCACUCGAGCAUAAGCUCAAGUGAUGAUGAACUUAAACUACAAAUGAAACGAAAAUUAAAAAGCAAAAAGAAUGGAACUACUUGCUUCAAACGCAAGAAGAAGAACGAAAAUUGGGAUGAAUCGAGCUCCUCCGAAGAUGAGAAAGUCAACAAAAGCGAGGGGGCAAACUACGCCUUACCAGCCUACGACGUUGAGGUAAUUAAAAUGCCUUUGGUUUAUUUUGAAAUUACUUGAUGCUUUCAUAAUGUAUUUUCUUUUUUAGUUUAGAAUUAAUUUUCUUGAAAAUUACAUGUUUAAAAAUAAAAAUACAUGAUCAUGCUGAUAAUUUCGAAAAUGACAAUAUUACAUAUUUUAUGAUAAACAAACAAAUUGAUUUUGAUCAUGGUUAAAGAAGUAAAAAUGUAUAUCAUGUUUGAUUAACAUUGUUGAAUGAAAUCACGUUUGAUUUAAAGUAAUGCAUAAAGAUGUAAUAUUAAAUGGUUAUCAAUAAUUUUAUGCAUGAGAUUUUAAGUUAUCCAUGAUCAUGAGCUUGUUUGAUCUUCUUGAUUUAAUUUCAAGAUCUAUAGCAAAAAUCAUGUCUGAAUAUAUGAAAGUGUUAAUUUCAUUUUCGGAUUCACUCAACAAUUGGUAUCAUAACAAUCGGAUUUUCUCAUACACUUAUGAAAAAUAUUUUUCUAAAAUGGAUUUGAUGAAAUGAUUCAUGCUUAUAAAUUCCAUCUUGAAAUAUGAAUGAUAGUGUUUUUGCUUGCAAAGAUUUGUUUCACAUUCAUAUCUCCUAUGAUUCAUGUGCAGAAAAAGAAUUUAUAAAUCAUAAUACAAUGAGAUUUCCUAUGCAAAAAUAAAGUGCUUUUGUGAUUCUUUGCUAAAGAGAAUAAUUAUUAAAAUCAUGAUCUUGAUAAUUAUAACAUGAAGCUCUUUAUAAAUCAAGAUCGUUCAUUAUGCUCCCUACAUUUAUCAAAAAGGAGUUCUUCAAAUGAAAUGCAAUUCAAUAAAGUGUCAUAUUGAUAUCUUGAAACUUGGAAUAUUUUAAAAUGUGAUCUUGAUAAGAAUGUUUCAAGUUGCUCUUUGUACUAUAUCUUUUCGAAUGAAUCAUGAGCCUUGAUAUCAUAUAUUUCAUAAUACAAGAUUUCUUUGCCUUAUGUCUUGAACUUUCAUUCUUAUCUUAAUUUGGCAUAUAAAGAUUAAGGCAUGCUUAGAUAAAAAAAAAAAAAAUCUCUUAAAAAAUGCUUUUCCUAUCUGAUCGAGAUUAAUGAUUUCAUGAUAUUUUGUGAAUCUCGAAAUUAAUUUUAAUAACUAGAUUAUGAAUUUCAAGUUAAUGAUUUGAUUUGAAUAAGUUUUAUCUAAAUCAUAAUCUUGAUCUUGCAAAAUUGAAGUCACAAAUAAUAUCUUGUGGUAUUCAUAAAUUAAUACUCACAAUAUGAAAGCAUUAAUAUUCAUGACUUGAAUUGGAUUGAAACAUUGUAUGUUUAAAUUAAUCAUUCUCCUAUGUUUCAAAAAUUCCUUAAAUGCCUUAUGUGAUGAUUGAAAACUAACUUGAUUUAUGAUGAAUCAUGAAUCAUGACUUGAUCUAUGAUGUAAAUGCCUUGAAAUAAUUGAAAUAUUUAACACUUUUAUGCUCUUCCCCCUACCUUCUUCUUGUUUUCAAUGAUAAAAUGGGGAGAAGUUUUGAUCAUGCAUGGUAGGAUAUAAUUUGACAAAAUUGAUACCAUCAUGAUAUGAAACAUUUAUGAUGUGCAAUUAUGCAUGCAAUACUUGUGCUUUCUAAUUAUGAUGUGAUGUAUUGCAUAUGAUGCAAAUCAUGAUCUAAAAUGCUAUGAGUGCCAAGUUACACAUUUUGAGAAGAAAUUGCUAUAUUGAAACAUUAAUGUAAUUAUGAAUGGUGAUAUGAUAUCAUGCAUGUAAUACUUCAACUUAUGAUAAUGAUGCAUGCAAUGAUAAAAUAUUCAUGAUGAAAAAUUGUCUUGACAUUCAUAACUUGAUUAUUCAUCCUUUGUCAUGAUUUUGAAAUCGUUGUAAAAGGAAAAAAGAACUACAAAACUGUAUUCUCUCUUCCUUUUUUACAAUGACAAAGGGGGAGAUAGCUAGCUUGUACAAGUCAAGAAGAUGCAAAAACUUGACUGCUUGCUUGCCUAUCUUAAGUAGCAAAGAUUGCUAACUUGCUCAUUUCAAGAAGAAAAAUUGUCUUCUUGAACAUCACUAUCUUGAAUAUCCUAGUUGAAGCAAAACUUGCAAUUUGCACAUUGCAAUAGGAAGCAAGAAUCAUGAGCUUACACAAGAAAGCUAUCUUGUAUUUGCUUUCGAAAUUUUUGCUAGCUUAUAUAUUGUGAAACUUGUAUAUCGUAAAAAUUGCUAGCUUGUUGGUCUAAAGAGAAGCAAAAAGUUGCUAUCUCAAAAGAGGCAAAAAUGCUAACUUGCGCAUCUAGCAAAGUGAGCAAAAUUUUCAAGAAGCAAGAGUUGCCUUCUUGAACAUCUCUAAUUUGCUAGCUUACAUGAUGUAGAACUUGCUAUCUUAUAUGCUAUAAAACUUGCAUAUCUAAAACUUGAUAGCAUGAAUGUUCUAAGCAUGAUGAAAUACUUGCUAAAUCUUCUAGCUCCAAAGAUUGCAUUAUGAUAAAACUUGAUACUAUGUUUUUCAUGCAAUGAGUUGAAUCUAUAUCACACUUGAUUGUGAUACUUCUCCUUUUUGUUGAUGACAAAGGGGGAGAAGUAUGUUGAUGACAUGACAUGUGAUGCAUAAGUUUAUGCAUAUGUUCAUGUUGAUGUGUUGCAAGUAUUCAUGAUGAAUAUUGCAAUAACUUGAAUUCAGUUUGAAUUCAAGGUUCUAUCAAUAUGGCAUAUUGAUAGGGGGAGUUUGUUUAAACUUCGAGAGUUAAGUUUAACUCCGUCAUGUUGACGUGUUGCAAGUAUUCAUGAUGAAUAUUGCAAUGGCUUGAAUUCAGUUUGAAUUCAAGGUUCUAUCAAUAUGGCAUAUUGAUAGGGGGAGUUUGUUUAAACUCCGGGAGUUAAGUUUAACUCCGUCAUCAAGUGGUUGUCAUCAUCAAAAAGGGGGAGAUUGUUGAAUCUCGUAUUUUGAUAAUGAAACUACUUGAUAUAUGUUUAUGAUUUAAUCUGCGUUUUGAGUGACGCAGGAUGCUUUGAUCAGGAUGAGACAAUUAAAGCAGGAAAAUCAUGUUGUGCCAAAGGAACAUGUCAGAAGAUUGGACGUCGGGCCGGUGGAUCGGUCGACGUAUCGACAGAAGGCUUCGGGCCGUGGAAUCGGGCAUCGGGCCAAGAAGAGCAGGUAUUGUGCCAAGGAUAUCGGAGUUGCAGAGUCAACUGGCCGAUUGGGCAAUAGGCUGCAGGAGAGGACGAUGUGCCGAAGAAUCAGAUGAAGCGUCGAGGGACCAAUGACAUGUCGGACAACUUGGUUAAUUGCUUAGGAUUAAUUGUCUCGAUCGAAGUUUUUGUUUUGUUGUGCAGGAUUAACUAUGAUAACGAUGAAGACAUAAAGCGAAACAAAGUGUCGGAGUCAAGCGCGAAGGAUUUGUUGCGAGUUCGAGAGUUCGACGGAAGUCCGAAGGUUCGUCGGGAAUGCUACCGGAACCAGCCAAGAAAGAGUUGGGAGCUUGCCGAAGGGUUUUUCGGAAGCUCGCCAGAAGGUUCGUUGGAAGUUCACGGAGCUCGCCGAGAAAGAUCGGAGCUUGCCGAAGAAGCUCGUUGGAACUCGCUAUGAUCAAAUCGUGAAGUCUAGGAGCUUGCCGGGAGUCCACAGAAUGGUUUCCGAGAGUUCAUCGGAAGACCGUCGGAAGUUUGCCGGAAGCUCGCCAGAAGAAGUCUUGACUUGCGGACUUUGUAAUAGCUUAGAAAAUGUCUUUAAAAUCAUAGUUAGCACGUUAAUUAGGGUUAGGAUUAGGUGUUAAUCCUAUAACCCAAGUAGGGGCCAAUUAGGCUCAAGUUCGGAUUGGUUUGGGCCAAGUUUGGAGCCAAACCAAGUGAGCUGAAAUAGUGAAAAGAGGUGCAACCGCCCCAGCAGGAGGUGCCACCGCCCAGGCUAAGUCUCCCAGCGAGACUGGGCGGUGCAACCGCCCCAGCCAAGAGGUGCAACCGCCCAGGGCUCAGUCUCCAAGCGAGAUUGGGCGGUGCAACCUCCUCUGUCGAGAGGUAGCACCGCCAGAGCUCAAGUUUCGAGCUCUGGCAGGCGAUGCAACCACCGAGCUCGGUCUUCGAGCUCUAGCAGAGAGCUGCAACCUCUCAGGACAGGAGAUGCACCGCCUGAGCUCGGUCUUCGAGCUCUGGCAGAGUGGUGCAACCACCUCUGGCAGAAAGGUGCGAUCACCUCUGGCAGAGAAGAGAAACUUCUCUGGUCAGGAGAUGCACCGCCUGAGCUCGGUCUUCGAAGCUCUGGCAGGAAGGUGCAACCACCCCUGACAGAGAAGGUGGAACCGUCUGAGCUCAGUCUUCGAGCUCUGCCAGGCGGUGCCACCUCUCCAGUCGAGAGGUGCAACCGCCUGAGCUCAGACUUCGAGCUCUGCCAGGCGGUGCCACCUCUCCAGUCAAGAGGUGCAACCGCCUGAUCCCGGAAUUCCGGGAUUUGAUCGUUUUGAGCUCGAAAUUUGAAUUGGGUUGGGGCUUAUAAAUACCCCACCUAUUCAGCAUGGAAAAGUAACAGACCUACACCGAAAUCUUGAUCUUUUCUGUGAUUCUAAGAGCUCAAAAGUGUUGUAAAGCCUUUAAGUCUCCUCCUUCUGUUCUUCAAGUUUUCAGUUGUAAAGUGAGGAGAGAAAGGUCUGUAAAGGUUGUCUCCUGAGCCUGUCAAAAGGAGAGAAUUUGUAAAAGGGCAGUUUGGCCUUCGCCUAUUGAAGGAAGGCCCCUAGUUGACGUCGGCAACCUCGUCGGUGGAGGAAGCCAAAAGUGGAGUAGGUCAAGGCUGACCGAACCACUCUAAAUCUCUGGUUUGCGUUUAUUCUUGAGCACUUUAUCAUUACUGCAAACCUCCUUCAUUACUACUGCUCUCUGCGCUUUCACGAACAAGUUCUAAGUGCUGUUCUUCCGAAUCUGCAUUCAGACGUAAAUUCGUAUUUUCAUACAUUACAGUUUACGUUUACGUUUGAUUCUGCAGAACUGUGUUCCGUGCUUUUACGAACGAGAUUCUUUGCAGUUUACACUUACAUUUUGAUCCUAUUGAUAACUGCAAACUGUCCUCUACAAUUCUACGAACGAGUUUCAACAUUUAGAAGUAAAACUGCAUUCAGACGUAAAUCGGCUUUCCUCGCACAAUCAUCAGAUCUCAGUUCACGUUUACGUCUUGAUUUCAACUGCAUACUGCCUUCUGCGAGUAUACAAACGAGUUUCAAAGUUUAGACGUAAAUCUGCGUCUAGACGUAAAACUACGUCUAGACGUAAAUCUGCGUUUAGACGUAAAUCUAAGUUUAGACGCAAAUCUGAGUUUAGACGUAAAUCUGCGUUUAGACGUAAAACUGCGUUUAGACGUAAAUCUGCGUUUAGACGUAAAUUUGCGUUAAGACGUAAAUCUGCGUUUAGACGUAAAUCUGAGUUUAGACGUAAACUGCGCUUAGACGCAAAACUGCGCUUAGACGCAAUCUGCGCUUAGACGCAAACUGCACUUAGAUACAAACUGAGAAUUAGCUUUUGCAUCAUAAUAGUUUUUGAACGAACGCAGCUUUUGGAUUUUAAUCGCUGUAAGAUUUCCGCUGCACUAAUUCACCCCCCCCUCUUAGUGCUCUCGAUCCUAACAGAACACGUCUUUGAGAGACACAUCAAUCUCUAUUUUGCUUCCAAAUUGAGAUAGUAAUCAAGAUUUAGAUUGUAAGGGUUGAACACGUCUUUGAGAGACAUGUCAAUCUCUAUUUUGCUUCAAAGUUGAUAUACACGUAGGAAAUAUGUUCUUUAAUUCUUUAAUGAGGCGCAUCUCUGUACUCUUAUUCCAUGCAUGCUGUUAGUCCACAUUAGCAUUUGUUGGCAUGUGUUAUUUUUUCCCAUAAAUAUUUAUAUCGACAAACUAGGUCUUUAUCCUGCUACAGUUCCUCUCACUUUUCCCACAAGUCUAUUGCAAGAUACUCUCUUUAUGUCUUUCCUCUUUCAUCAAAUUUUUUAUCCUGACAUCCUAUAUCAUAUUCAUUCUUGAAUAUUCU